AUGGAUGAGAGAUCAUUGUCUCCUAAGAGUCAUAGCAUUAGAAGCGAUGCACAGAUGAAGACAACUGAAGAUAAUACUGAAAAGACAUCCAACAAUAAGGAAGUGAUUGAAAAUCAAAGGCAAAGAACCUCUCAAUUGAAUCUCCCAUUAGUUAUGUUGAAGUCUAUGGCAUGUAAUCCACAGUUGAAUGAAUUGAAUGAUAAAAACGGAUUCAUAUCUCUUGUGGUGUUUAACUGUCAGCACAAAGACUGUGACAAAGGGUUUAUGAGUAAAGACUCGUUGGAUAUCCACUCGAAGACUCAUUCCUCUGAAGCGAACAAAACACUUACGACUAUUGAGACAAAUGAUGAUAAAAAUACUACAAGUGGUCCGCAAAUUAAGACACUCCAGACAUAUGGCUGUCCGACCAUUGGUUGUUGGAAACGGUUUACAACUAAAGAUAAUUUAGACAUUCAUUUGAAAAGUCAUUCAAAUAUUUGUAUCAAAUGUUUGGUCACUGAAUGUGAGCUCACUUUCAAUGAUAAGAAAGUGUUGUUUAAUCACAUGAAGAGUGUCCACAAUAUUGACAACAUUUAUGAAUGCAGUUAUGAAUCGUGUCAUCAAUUGUUCACUUCUGGAGAUGACAUGAAAUCACACGUGAAUUCACAGCAUCUCAAUAAAACUACUUCUAAGACCACACCUGUAGUGGUGGUUAAGUCUACUAAUAAUACAGUUAUGAAAACUGUUCCGAUGUCUAAAUGUCAGUUCAAAAGUUGUGGAAAUUGGUACUUAACUAAAGAUCUUUUAGACGCUCACUACACGAGAAGCCAUUCCUCUGAAGCGAGCAAUAGUCAGACAACGAGUGAUAAACAACUGGAUUUGAAUGAAACGAUUGAUUCAUCGAAAACUGAUUGUCAGUACAAAUGUCUGUUCAAAUGCAGUGACAUAUCCCGUGAUAAGCGCGGUCUCUAUGAACACAUGAAAAGCGUUCAUAGCGUUGAAGAACUCAUUGAAUGCAAUGAUAAGUCAUGUAAUGAGAUAUUUUUCUCAUGGAAUAUGUACCGGGAACAUUCCUACGAUAAACAUGUGGACAAACUAUCCAAUGAUAACUCACUUAAAUGCCCUGUCAUUGGCUGUGGAAAAGUUUUGGGAUCACUAUAUAGUUUUAGGAAACAUCGAUUCACUCAUUUGCCGGACAAUCCAAUGAAAUGUGUGGUCAAUGGAUGUGACUAUUCGUGUCUAUUUGAGUCCAGAAUGAAGGAACAUAUGGUUAAACACAAUGGCGUCAAAGCCUAUGUAUGCACUCACGAGUCGUGUGGUAAACGCUAUUUCGACAAAUGGAGACUUAAUUCACACGUCAAGAGUGUUCACGCAAUACACAAACCAUUUGUUUGCCGGUAUCGCGACUGUAAUAAACGGUUCAAAACUAGAGCCCAUUUAGUAUCCCAUAAAACAAGUCAUAUAAUUGUUGGCAAACCAUUCAAAUGUGAGGAACUGGGAUGUGGUCGGGCCUUCAAAUGCUAUAAUAGUCUUCGCAGUCACAGAGUUAGCCAUUCGGGUCGUGUGUUUGCGUGUCAUUGGCCCGGAUGUGACUAUACAUCCAAUAAUCCUGGUUGUGUGACCGGACACGCGAGAGGUCAUAAGAGUGAGGAGUACCGGUGCGAAUGGCCCGGAUGUGAGUAUCGGACCAAAUGGAAAGAAGGCAUUAGAUCUCACAAAGCCGUCCACAGCUCAGCCCUACUGCACGCCUGUGUUUGGCCUGAAUGUGGCAAACGGUUUAAGACUAGAGGAAGUUUGACACAACAUAUGACUACACACUCGGAAGCACCCAUUCCUUGCGAUUGGAAGGGCUGUCAGUUUAGUACUAAACACAGACAGGCCUUAAGAGAGCAUAAGAAACGAAUCCAUGGACUCAUUAAUUUAAGACACAUACGGCGCUUAAGAAACACGGGAACCAAUACCACGGAGGGAAGUGUUGCGUGUGUGGUCGACGGAUGCGGUUUUAUGUGUAAUAAUUAUCAUCUUUUAAGAAAUCAUUUGCUUAAACACAGUGACAUCAGGCCUUAUCAAUGCCCACACGAGUCAUGUGGUAAACGACCCAAAAGUAUAUUUAAACUCAAAGUUCACAUUCAAACGGUUCACUCCAAUGAGAGACCAUUUGUUUGUGAUCACAAAGACUGCGGCAAACAGUAUAAGUCUCGAACGGGACUAAUGUUACACAAGAAUUAUGGUGAUUGCGAUAAAAACAGUAAACGAUUGAGUUGUACGCAAACUGGGUGUGAGCUGUCGUUUGCAAACAAAUGUUCGCUCAAAUCACACCUAAUUAGACACAUGACUGGCGGCGAGUAUCGGUGCGAUUGGCCGGCUUGUGACUAUACCGCCAAAAAUAAGGAUAAUUUGCGGGCCCAUCGCAGAAGUAGACACAUAGAUCUGGGUGAGUUUGUAUGCCAAUGGCCUGGAUGCGAGUUUAAAACCAAUCUUAAGAAGUACCUGGAUAAACAUAAUACAAUUCACGGCGUAUACAAGUUCUUAUGCGAGUGGCCAGAGUGUGGCAAACGGUGUAGGGAUAAGCAGGCAUUGGAUACACACGUGUUGAUACAUUUGGGUAAACCUUUUGCGUGUGACUUCGAGGGUUGUGACUAUCGGAGCGUCCAUAAGGGGAACAUUACUGUCCAUAAGUUAGUGCAUUACCAAGAGAUGGGAACGGCUGAGAAGUACGCCUGUCAUUGGCCCGGAUGUGGGAAAAGCUUUUUGUGGAAAAACUAUUUGAAGAGACAUUUGUGGACACAUUCGGGCGAAAAGCCGUUCAAAUGUGCGGUCAAUGGCUGUGCGUUCGCCUCAAGACUCAAGAGUUUGUUAACAAAACACAUGAAAACUCAUAACAAGUAG